GCCACUGCGAUUGACUUACGUCACGACCUUUGGUCACGACUAUCUGUCGACGGCAUAGCGAUACAGCUCCAACAAUAUGGCUCUAUUCAAGCAACUGUAUGCUUUACGUCCUAAUGUACUCCAGAGGUAUGUUGCAGGAAUGUUGCUACAAGAUUCAAGAUCCAUUUCCACAUCAGUAUGUCAAAGAGCUGAUGUAACUAGUCAAGAAACCAAACCGAAACCCAAGACAGGCAUCAUGAUGUUGAAUAUGGGUGGACCAGAGAACACUGAUGAAGUCCAUGACUUUCUUCUUCGUCUCUUCAUGGAUAAGGAUAUUAUUCCCCUUCCAGCUCAAAGCAAGUUGGCUCCAAUCAUAGCCAGACGCAGAACUCCCAAGAUCCAGGCCCAGUACAAAAAGAUCGGAGGGGGUUCUCCUAUCAAGAAAUGGACAAAUAUACAGGGGGAAGGUCUUGUCAAGUUACUAGACAAACUAUCACCUGAAACAGCUCCUCACAAGUAUUACAUUGGUUUCAGAUAUGUGAAUCCACUUACAGAAGAUACUAUAGACCAAAUGGAGAGAGAUGGCAUAGAAAGGGCAGUUGCCUUCACACAAUACCCACAGUACAGUUGCUCAACAACAGGGAGUAGCCUGAAUGCAAUCUACAGACACUAUGCCAAGAACCCAGAUUUAGCUGAAAACAGUACGAUGAGGUGGAGUGUCAUAGAUAGAUGGCCUGUUAAUGUAGGACUUGUAGAGGCCUUUAGUCAGCAUGUAGAAGCAGAAAUUGCCAAAUUUCCUGCUGAUGUGCAAGAUGAUGUUGUAAUCCUUUUCUCUGCUCAUUCGCUUCCAAUGUCAGUAGUUAACAGGGGUGAUCCCUACCCAGCAGAGGUUGGAGCAACCGUACAGAGAGUGAUGGAGAGACUCAAUUUCUCCCAUCCAUACAGACUAGUAUGGCAAUCUAAGGUUGGUCCACUACCAUGGUUAGGCCCUCAGACAGAUGAUGCCAUGAAAGGAUUGUGUAAGAAUGGCAAGAAGAACAUCCUGCUUGUUCCAAUCGCCUUUGUUAAUGACCACAUAGAGACCUUGCAUGAGCUAGACCUGGAGUAUGCCACAGAACUUGCUGAAGAGUGUGGUGCAGAGAAUGUAAGAAGAGCAUCAUCCUUAAAUGACAGUCCUAUCUUCAUUGAGGCCAUGGCUCAUCUUGUGAGUGAUCAUCUCAAGUCUCGGCAGGUGUGUUCACGACAGCUCCCCCUACGCUGCCCCAUGUGUGUCAACGCAGUCUGCGGCAAGACCAAGGAGUUCUUCGCUUCCCAGAAGCUAUGAAGAACGACCAUGUAGCUUGGACUCUAGUAUGGAGAUUUACCAAAGACUCUGAUGUAGCUUGGGGAUUUGGACGAUGAGGCCCCCUGUUGAAAGUGAUUUGUUCACCUGGACACAGAUGAUGGAACAAGGUAGAGGGGAUGAUGAGAGGAUCUCUUUCUUUCUGACAGCCCCAUUUUGAACAGAGCAUCAAUAUUUCUUUUGAAAAGGGUUUGCAGGAGAGCUGGAAUGAAUGCGUAAUAUGUUUACGAUUUCAAGACUGCUUUUAACCAAGUGAACCAUAAUCUUUUAUCAAAGUAGCCAGGGGCAUUGUUGUGAUCCAUUUCUUUGUCCAUAGUGAUUUAGGAAAUUCAAUCAUGUCAUGUAUGCUUUCAGCUCAUAUGGAUCAUAUAUUGAAAAUAGAUGAAAACAUUGCUUUGUGUCACAGACAUAGACAAUGUUACAUGAAUAUUUUUGUGUUGAUUUGCCACCCUUUCACAAGGUAAACAAAAAUUGUAAUUGCAAGUGAUACAAUUGUCAUGCACUCAUUGUAUCGAUGCAGUGCUUUGUCACCAAGGACUCAUACCGCCUUCGCUCAGGAAUUCAAAUUCAAAUCAGUUUUCGAGUGAGCGUGUGAAAGGUCUGAUGAUUCUAAAGAUGAAUUGCAAUCAUCAUUACGAUGAUGAUUCAAGAUUCACGUGUGAAAAGGCCCUUGGUGACUUGGCAUUUACUCCUGCAAUGGUGUUCUUCUGCCUUAAUCUUUUUAAAGAUAUAGAGACAGUGUGAGGGUUUUAAAUGGUUCUAGUUCAUGUUACAAGAUGAUUAGGAUUAGCCUAGGGAAAGGUUUCAGGUUAUUUUUUACUUUUAGCAAUUAUGCAAAAAUGUUACCAGAGCAAAUUUCAUGGGAUUUUCAUUUAAAAGGGAAGAAUGUCUUUCAGUAUGAACGUGAAUGUGUAUUCUUCAAACUUUGAAGAUUGAAGUAGGCUUGUAAAUAAACAUAAUUGGAUGAUUUGAUCAGAAAGAUCUAGCGUUAGAAGAUCAUCUUGAUGAAAACAUGUGUAUAAUAUAAGUUAGUGUCUCUUAUUUUGGGGAUUAAAGCAUUAUAUUGAAGUUUUCCUUGAUUGCCAUGUUUGCUGCAAUAUGCAAUACCUGGGCAAUGUCACAUAUUAACUAAUCAGAGCUUCCAAAGCUUUUAUCAUUGAUAUUCUAAAUCAUGAUUGAUAGUAAUUUUUAUGCCGCAUUACCCUCCUCUGUACGAGAAGAUUUUGAAGUAUUUGGAAAUAAAAAUAAAUAAUUCCUGUUUAAAAUAAUCGCUGUAUUGAAUCAUAGUAAUUAAAAGACAAUCAGCAGUGAUUUUUUCACCUCCACUAACCUAGGCUGUUUAAACAACUAAAUUUGAUUUUUAAAACAGAUCUUGUAAUUUAUGGUUGUCAUUGUCAACAACGAGGCUGUCCUACAUUUUACAAAUUCUGCGAACUACUUUCUUAAGCAACAAAGUAUAAUAUACUGAUUCUUGGGGUUUUUUUUCGUUAUUUUUUAUAUAUUUUUUAACGCAUUUUUUCAUUUAAAUCAGUAGUGAUGGAUGUAGGGUGGCACUUUAUUGGAGGAUUAAAUGGAGAAAAAAUGCAACUCUUUUAUUCAAUUACUUUUUUAUGACUGAGGUAUGUUAACAUUUUCUAUAGUACUAUAAUUCUUAUUUUGGAUAGACAAGGUAUUUCAUAUUUCAGUUCUAUGGUACUUACAUCUUCUGCUAUGAUGCCUUCUUCGUCUGAAGGCAUUUGCUUUUUCAUUCAUAUUUUUGGAAUUAGACAAAUAAAUUAUAUCUUGUAAUGAAUUAUGUUUUGUAUUUGUAAGUUAUGAUUUAUAUUUUAUAUUUAUAUUCCCAUUAUAAAAGUUUCCACUCAUUAUU